AUGAGUUUGAAGCUCCUCGUGUGGCACGUUAAUAUUCCUGGGUCGCUCUUGCCUCUUUUUAGCAGAUGCUCUAUCAUGCGACUGAGAUCUAAAGUAACUAAACUAUCUGAAGACACGACUGAGGAUAACAGUUCUCCCACCAACGUUCUCUCCGGCCACCUCUCCUGUCGCAACGUGCAACCUUCAGCUCAGACGCGUCGGUCAUAUGAGCUGUCAAAUUCCGAGUGUUCGAAAGAACCUCAAAGUGCCUCGUUCGCCCUUCAUGUGAAUCACUUAGAGGUGGUAGUCGGACGGGAAAAGGAAAUCAGUAUUCUUAACCAUUUGCUUUCUCCGUGGAUUGAUGAACGCUGCAGCGGCAGUCUCUACAUUAGUGGUGCUCCGGGGACGGGGAAGACUGCUACUGUCACCCAGGUGGUGCAACGCCUUGUCGAUGAAAAAAAGUGUCGAUGUUUAUUUCUAAAUUGCAUGCAAAUGACUCCUCCGCGCGUAGUUUACACUUGUAUACUUGAGAGCCUAGGUCAAAAGCCUGUUUCUAAAAGUGUUUCUACUACGGCAAAUAUUAUUGCUUACGUUGAAACGCAGCUGACAAGAGCAUCAAGACGCCUUCCGCUUAUUGUGGUUCUUGAUGAAGUUGAUCAACUUGCCUCGCGAUGUCAGGAGGUUUUUUAUACGGUGUUUGGAUGGCCGAAAAGCUUGAAAGACGCUCAUCUCAUUCUGGUUGGCAUCGCGAACGUUCUCGACUUGACCGAGCGCCUGCUUUCGGGUCUGCAAGCGCGCUUGCUUCGCCCUGUUCACGUUGCGUUUUCGCCCUACUCCAUGGAUCAGAUUGUCGAGAUAAUUUCUUCCCGUCUUGUCAGUGCCUCUGGUGAGGUUUCACAGCCGGCUUUGGACGAUCUGGCGGUCCAAUUUUGCGCGAAAAAGGUGGCAGCAUCUUCAGGCGAUGUGCGGAUAGCAUUGGCGAUCUGCCGACGCGCUCUGGAGUUGGCUCGGUUGGAAACUAUAGCUGCGGACGGUGCUGACCUAAAGGUUACCGAAGGGACGUCUGUCACUGCUCGUACUCUCACUCCACUUCAACAGCGCAUCAUGUCUAGCCCUUCUGUACGAAUGUCUCUAAAAAAGAAGUGCCCUCUUGCUAAGGGCUUUGUGGCGAUCGAGGAAAAGCCUGUCGUACCGUUGAUUCGCCACAUUAGUCAAGCCAUUCGGGAGGUCCAGUCCGAUGGCAUUGUGGUGACUAGCGAGGAUGCCCGCAUCUCUGCCUCUGGUGAGAUGCCUCUGCACCACAAGUUGGUGCUAGCGGCCUGCCUUCUACUUCGUCGGCUGCGGGGCCUCCGGGAGGCUUCGGUGGGUCAGGUGUUCGACGUGUACACCUAUAUCUGUGCACAACGGGGCAGUCUUUCGCCGCUUCAGAUGAACGAGUUCGUGAGUGUUUGUGAGCUGCUUGAAUCCCAUGGCCUAGUUCACCUCUCCGUCGGCACGCACGCCGCUGCAAUCCCCACACCCGCACGGAAAAAACGCCUUUCCCUCCUUCUUGACGCUAAAGGAGUGGAGCGAAGUCUUAACGACGACCUCCUUAUUUCUUCUAUCCUCUCUAUUCAGACACUGCCGUGA